AUGACAAAAACUGCUCUACUAAAAAUCAAGAACUCGUUUGGCAAUCCUCCUGAGCUAUCUUCAUGGACUCAAACCUCAGACUGCUGCACUGAAUGGGCCGGUGUGAGCUGUGAUCUUGCCUUAGGCCAAGUCCUCUCUUUAAACAUCUCCAACACCAAGAACAUCUCCGGCCCGAUCCCCGACUCCAUCGGAGACCUUCCCAUCCUCUCCUACAUUACUCUCCACAAUCUCCCUUAUCUCACCGGCCCUCUUCCUCCCUCACUCACCAACCUCAGUCUCCUCAAAACACUAACCAUCACUUACACCGCCCUCUCCGGCCCUUUACCUUCAUUCAUCACCACAUUCACUCAACUCUCCGAGUUCAACCUCUCCCAUAACAAAAUCUCCGGCAACCUCCCUGUCUUCCCUGGUGAUAAUACAUACUUCUCCAUUGAUCUAAGCCACAACUACUUAUCCGGUGUCAUCCCUUCUUCUCUGUUUUUAGGUGUACUCACAAACCCAAUUCUUGAUAUCUCUUUCAACAUGCUCACUGGCAUGAUACCAAGUUCUUUAGGUAAGAUCAACUUCAGCUGGCUCAACAUGGCUCAUAACCAGCUCAAAGGUGAUGCUUCUUUUCUCUUUGGAGCUUCCAAAUGGGCUCAGUUGAUAGAUUUAUCAUGGAAUGAGCUUGAAUUCAAUAUGUCUUCUUUGACGUUUUCUCCGGAUUACCUUCAAAGUUUGGACUUGAGUCAUAAUGAGAUUAAUGGGAGUAUUAACAAAGCAGAUUAG